CAACAAACUACAAGAGAAAGGAAUGCAAAAUGGAAGAUUCUAAAUGCCAUUUCUGUGUCCUGAGAGUUAUAAUACCUGGUAUUCCUGGCAAAAAGGCCUGGUUCCCGGGAGAUACCCUUACAGGUUUCAUUGAGAUCACUUCUCCGGAAUUCAACAUUGUGGAUGUAAGAGUCACACUUGAAGGUUUGUCUCAAUGGAUAGAAUAAGAUUAUUUAUGAGAAUUUUAUUUAUGCAAUAACUAGGUCGUUUACGAGUUUGGAUGCACAGACAUGACCAUGACCAGAACGCAGAUUAUUACCCAUUUGAAGAUAUGGUGGAACAUCAGUUUCUCAAAAUGGACUGCACACCAAACUGGUCCAGUCCUGUACAAAACCCAAACUCUAAUGAUCUAAUAUCCUUUCUCCAAUUCGACUUCACCAUCCCACAUAAAGUAUUCCUCCUACCUGGCACCGAGAACCCAGAAGGCUCCCUCCAGUUGCCCCCCUCCUUUGAGGAUGGUGGCGAAUUCGUGGAUACAGCAACAAGUAAACGAUACAAGCAGCCGCUUGUUUUGUAUGCAAUUCAGACCAGCGUGACACUAAGCCCUCCCAGAAAUACGCAUACACCUUUACGCAGUCUCUACGCCAUGAACAAGAUUCAAGUACUUCCUCGUUCUGGUGCGCAACCGCCAUCGGCUACUGAAGACUUCCCCGGGGAAUUCCAGAUGGCGUGUGUGAGGACGAUAAAGACACAGCGUUGUUGUAUUCCCUGGAAGAGCUUAGCUGUGGGGAAAAUGGCUAUGUCAACAAGGGAGCCUCCACCAAUUAAGCUAGAUAUACCUGCUCCUAGAGGGGCUACUUACUGCGAGAUCUCAGUCACCUUUAUGCCAACAAACCCCGUUAAGCUAGUGGGGAACUUUCAGCAUAAUUUUCUGAACUGCCGUUUAAGAUCUCGGUUACGUAUCAAAACAUACUAUUCAACCCAGAAUCUUCAACAAAUACCACAGAGGUCAAGAUGCUCACCACUGUUCCCGGUUCGGUUGCGAUCAAGUUUUAUUGACUUGGAUACUCGUGAUAUAUUAAUGUCACUAAGUCCCUCAUCUGAGGCAAGGAAAGAAUGGAUGGCAUCAAUCUGUUUGCCAAUACAUACACCAUUGGACAUGACGCCUAGUUUUACCUCUGCAUUUGCUGCACGGUUAUACGCUCUUAACCUCGAUAUCAGAUUGCCUGACCUGGCUCAUGAGCCAUUUAAACUGGAGGUUCCUCUACAGUUGGUUUUUGGACAUGGAUAUCCUGACUGAAAGCUGCACAUUGUAUCUUGGUCUUUGCUCUGUACACUUAAUUUCUAUAUGUUAGGACUGGUAGAAAAUGCUUGUUUUAAC